UUAAGCCUCCUCAGGGUGGACCCCCGCGAUGCUCGGCGUCCACGAGAAGGGUUUAAUCUGGAGUUAACCCCCGUGUCAGGGUGAACGCUUUGGUGCUCGCCCAGCGGAGGGUUAACUCCAGAGUAGGCCUUUCUUCGCUCCUGCUUACCGCCUCUUCCGCUGUGGAAUGGGCGCUGCCUGCCCUCUCCUCUCGCCCGGGGCGGGCUGCGCGCGCGCUUUGGUAGACGCUGCGGACUUCGUCCGAGGCGUGCUCUGGGGCCCACGAGGGGCAGCAGGGGCGUCAAGCAGGAGGGCGGGGGGGGGCCUCCGCCCUGCGGGGCGGCGCCCAGGUGGCCAUCGACACUGGCAGCUCUCUGACGAUGGGCCCUCCGGACCAGGUGGCCAGGCUGCUCGACGCGAUCGGCAGCAACUCGACGCCGCUGCCCUCCCUCAGCUUCCGGUUCGCGGCCGCGGCGGGCAGCACGUUCGACGCCGAGCUGCGGCCCGAGGACUACUGCCAGGGGGUCGGGAAGGUCUGCGUCGUCGGUAUCCAGCCGAUGCAGCUGCCGGCCGCCGUCGGGCCGAUGUGGGUGCUCGGCCAGACCGCGUUGCGCAGAUACUAUUCCGUCUACGACGCCCAGCGGUGGCGCGUUGGGCUCGGCUUGGCGAAGCAUGCCGCCGCAAGGCGCUCACCGGCCGCACCCGCGGAGGCGGCGGAGACGGGUGCGGAGGCGUGCGAGGACUGCAAGAUCAAGCACAACAGAGCCUGUCGUUUGGGCCCCACCGCCAGCCCCAAAGGCGAGCGUACAUCGGGCGUGGCCUCGUAGGAGCUGCCACAUGUGUGUGUGUGUGUGUGUGCUGUGUCUGUGUGCGUGUGCGUGUGUGUGUGUGUGUUUGUGUGUGC